CGUUCUUUCCCGGCGUGAACGGCCCGGGCCAACCUGAGGUUCAAUGCCGUGGCACCACGACGCUUCGAUUGCGAGGGGCGCACAGGUCUUGCGUCUUUGAGGAGCAGGGAGAGAUCGCUGGGCAGUUGGCCUGUCAUGUGACCCUCCGUCUUCCAGGCCUCUCCAAAGCCGUGAAGGGAUCCAAGUCUUGGGCAGCAUGACGACGGAGACCUUCGUGAAGGAUAUCAAGCCCGGGCUCAAGAAUCUGAACCUUAUCUUCAUUGUGCUGGAGACAGGACGAGUGACCAAGACAAAGGACGGGCACGAAGUUCGAACUUGCAAAGUAGCAGACAAAACGGGCAGCAUCAACAUCUCAGUCUGGGACGACGUGGGCAACCUGAUCCAGCCUGGGGACAUUAUUCGGCUCACCAAAGGGUACGCAUCAGUGUUCAAAGGUUGUCUCACACUGUAUACUGGCCGUGGGGGUGAUCUGCAGAAGAUCGGAGAAUUCUGUAUGGUUUAUUCAGAGGUUCCUAACUUCAGUGAGCCCAACCCAGAAUAUAGCAACCAGCAGGCACCCAACAAAGCGGUGCAGAAUGACAACAGCCCUACGGCCCCCCAGGCUACCACCGGAGCCCCUGCCACCUCUCCAGCUUCUGAGAACCAGAAUGGGAAUGGACUGAGCACCCCACCAGGUCCUGGUGGUGGCCCCCAUCCCCCGCACGCUCCUUCCCACCCUCCCAGCACCCGGAUCACUCGAAGCCAACCCAACCACACACCUGCUGGCCCUUCCAGCAACCCUGUCAGUAAUGGCAAAGAAACCCGCAGAAGCAGCAAAAGAUAGCAACACACGCUUCCUCCCCUCCUGCCACCAACCACAACCCAGGUGUCUGUCUCUGCUGGAGGACAAGAUGGCCUUCUGCUGGGCUGCUGGCUUUGGCAUCAGGGAGGUGGGGUAGCAGUAUUUUAGCCACUGAACUUCCCUGGAGAGGUGGUUGAACAGUGGCCUUAUUCCCCCCAAGGCCACACCUGCCUUGUCCAGCCUGCCCACUGGGAUUCAGAGCCCUCUCUAGAAAUGACAGUUGAACUCUGUUGUGUAUAUGUGGUAUAAGGGUCUCAUUCCCAUCCCUCCUUCCUAAAUAAAUGUUACCAUUGUGC